AUGGGUCGCCGUUUUGGUCUCCGCCUGGCCAGCAGUCUAGCUGCUGCUGCUAGAACUACGGAUCACUUUGACGUGGUCAUCGUCGGCGGUGGCAUCGUCGGCACGGCCACCGCUCGACAGCUUUCGAUAAAUAAACCCCAGCUGAAGAUGGCCAUCCUCGAGAAGGAGGCCGCCCUCGGCCAGCACCAGACGGGCCACAACUCGGGCGUCAUCCACGCCGGCAUCUACUACAAGCCCGGUUCGCUGAAGGCUCGCCUCUGCGUGGAGGGCUCUGCCCUUGCCUACGAGUACCUCGACGCGAAGGCCUUGCCCUACAAACGUUGCGGUAAGCUGAUCGUCGCCACCGACGCCACUGAGGUCGCCCGUCUUGAUGAGCUUUGGAAGCGAGCCCUGCAAAACCGCUGUCCCGGGGUGCAACUUCUGGAAUCCGCCGAAGCGAUUGCCGCCAUCGAGCCCAAUUGCGUUGGCCUGAAGGCCAUUUGGUCGCCCAACACUGGCAUCGUCGACUGGGGCCGUGUUAAUCAGUCCUACGCAGAGGACUUUGCCCGCGGUGGUGGCCAGGUUUUGACCAGCUUUGAGGUGGCCAAGUUUGCCACUUCUUUGGAAACAUUGGAAAAACAGCAGAACGACUAUCCGAUUGUCAUCACCGGAGCAGACGGCCGCGUGGUGCGGGCAAAGUACGUAAUCACUGCUGCCGGACUGCACUCGGACAAGGUCGCCAAGCUGACGAACGGGAAAAAGGUGCCCAAAAUUGUGCCCUUUCGUGGCGAGUACCUGGUUUUAAAAGCGGCAAAGUCGGACAUGGUCAAGACGAACAUUUAUCCGGUGCCUGAUCCGCGCUUUCCUUUUCUGGGCGUUCACUUUACACCGAGAAUGGACGGCAGCAUUUGGCUAGGUCCGAACGCUGUGCUGGCCUUCAAGCGAGAGGGCUACACCUACUGGGACCUCAGUCCUAGUGAGCUUUUUGAGUCGCUCUUCUUUAGUGGUUUUAGAAAAUUGGCUUUCAAGUACUUCUCCGCCGGCGUGGACGAGUUCCGCCGGUCGCUGUCGGCGGGUGCCCAGCUGAAGCAGCUCCAGCGCUUCGUCCCCUCCAUCACUCUCGAUGACAUUGACCUGACGAAGAGGGUGGCCGGCGUGCGGGCGCAGGCAUUGGACGCGGAGGGCAACCUGGUGGACGACUUUGUCUUUGAGACGAACGAGGAAGCGGUGAAACGAGUGCUGCACGUCCGAAACGCCCCCAGUCCGGGCGCCACCAGCUCACUGGCCAUCGCAAAGGUGGUGGCCGAGAAGGCGCAGACCGCCUUUGGUCUUUGA